UAGAAUUAAUGGGCCUUAAAGGUACAGUAAGUGAUUUCUGAGAAAUGAUGUUGAAAGUGGAUUGGGCUGAGCAGCACAACACACUUGUAGCCAAUCAGCAGUAGGGGGCGUGUCCACUCAUGAUGGGGGAGGAGAGAGAGUGAGCAAGAGAGAGAUUAUUUGAAGAAAGACUGUAGAAAGAGAGUUGGCUGAGAGACAUUACAAAAGAGAAAAGGUCAAAUAUCACUGGAAAAAGAAGGGUUAUGAUCAGGCAAGAGCUUUAGGACCCGCGUUAAUAACAGAAAAGCUUUCCAGCACUGGAGAGGCCUAAGCAGGAAGGCCUGAAAACGGAUGCCAAAGUUGCGUCGUUUCUGCUCCAUACGACUGUGAUAUUCAAGAGAAGUUGGAGUUUGAGAUGCGAAUGAGAGCCGGAGCUUACAAGCUUCUGAUUGCCAGCACUAAAAAAGAGCAGGUGUUGGAUGCUUCCAGGAGUCUGUUAACCUGUAAUGCCAGAAUUAAAGCCUACAUGAGUGAAGCACAGAGGAGGAAAGAGCAGCAGGACAUCAGAAGGUCCUCAGUCUCUCUGGAUCAAAUCCCUUGUAAAGGAAAGGUAGCCAUAUCUGGCCUGCGAAUUCCAUUGUUUUGGAAAGAUUCAGAACACUUUAACAGCAAAGGAAAUGCACAGCGGGUGGCAGUCUUUUGUUUGAUAAAGAUUGGUUCAGAGAUUUUUGACACAGAAAUGGUGAUUGCAGACCCCUCAAUGACCGAUAUUUGCUUUGAAGGUGUCAAAAUUUUCUCUGACGCGAAGCCAGACUUUGAACUGACGUUUGAGCUGUAUAGCUGUGGACUGGAGGAGGAAACAACCUUUGUCAAUACUCCCAAAAAACUGGCCAGGAAGCUGCGCUCCUCUUUUGGCAGAUCUUCAGGCAGGAAACUCUGCCCUCUUCUGGAUGGAGGAGACCCAGACACUUUCCUCCAGUCCAACCCAAUACCAUUAGGUGCACGGUACUCAUUGUUGGCUUACACCACACUGGGCUUGGAACAGGCAGAGGGAUCUUUUCAAUCUCAUUCUCUUAUAAUCCUGCAAAAUGUGGAGGCUUCGUCAUGGCUGCCGCUGUAUGGAAACCUGUGCUGUCAGCUGGUGGCACAACCUGACUGCAUGACACAAGACAUGAUGAGCAGUUACCUGAGCCAACAACUAAGCAUUGAGGGUUUGCAACGCCGCUGUAAGCUAUAUUGUGUGCUGAAGGCUGGACAGAUUUCAUGCUAUUACUCUCCUGAAGAGAUUCAAGCAAAAGUGGAGCCCAGCCUCAUUAUUCCCAUAAACCAGGAGACCUGUAUUCGUGUGGUAGAAAAAGACCACCAGAGGACUGGCUCUAAACUCAACCUGAUAAACCCGGGAAAUGGAGACUCCGUCAGUCAUGUGUUCAUUACUGAAACUCCUGAAAUCUUGCAGGAGUGGCUGGACGCCCUCUGGCAGCACAUUUAUGACCAGAGUCAGUGGCAACAUGCAUGUGACAAGCUCAUGGACAUUGAGGUUUUGUCACCACAGAAACCCCCGCUCUUUCUGACAAAGCAAGCUGACUCUGUUUAUAAUGAUCUGAGCAUCGGGUCCCCUGGGAAAUUUGAGAGCUUGACUGACAUAAUUCACAAUAAGAUUGAGGAAACGGAUGGGCGCUUUCUCAUUGGUCAUGAGGAGGACACGGAGCCGCCUCAUUGGGCAGCACUGUUUGAAGGAUCCCGGCCAAUGGUAGUAGAAAAAACGGUUCUGUCACCAGGUAAAGAAAGCAAUCAGUCUAUUACCAGUCCCGUCACGGGCAGCAAAAAGAAGAGGAGAGCUCCUCCACCCCCUCCAGAUAAAUUACCAUUCACCAGCGUCUUAUCCAAUCAGGAGAAAGAGAACUGUAAGGGGGCGAGGCCUCGGACAGGGCGACCCUCGCUGGAUGCUAAAUUCUCUGCCAUCAUUCAGCAGUUGCAGAAGAGCCACGCAUCCACACGAAAAAACGCACCCCUUGGACAGAUCGAGCCCUGUCAGCACACUUGUGUCCCGCAAAAAAGAGAUGACGAGUCAGAUAUGCCAGAAAACCCUGGGAAAGAAUACAGUCAGGUCCCUCAGCCACCUGUGCCGGCCCCCAGGAACAAAUUGAGGAUGUCAUUCAGAGAGAAGAUGAACCCAAAAGCCUGGUGAAUUAAUGAGGCGUGAGACAUCUCUUUGAUUUAAUGAUCUGUUAUGGAAAGAUGAAACGGCCUUGGACUCAUACAGAGAGAAACUCCCCUUCACCCAUUUAUUGAUCCAUAUCAAGGGUCAGGAGAAUGUGGAUGAGAAUGCUGGGAGUGAAUGUGAAUGUAUAUAGUGUUCUAGCUUGAACAAACAACUAUAAUCAGACACAACUUUUCGUAGUAUUUUAAUCGCAUUUUAAAUAACUUAAGUCCUGUGGUUGAUAACUUUCAUUUUCAAGAUGGCCCAAUUCAUUGCAACUCUUUAUCUAGUGUAGGUUGUGUAGCUAUCAUGUCUAUUAAUAUUAGUUGUCUGUAAUAACCACUCAUGAUGUAACGACUACAACUAAGCACUUUAAGAUUUUGGUCCACUGCGGCUGAAUCAUUUCAGUUAAACAGUAAUUUUUUCUUUCACAUCACAGAAUAAUGUCAUAAUACAAUAAGAAUUUUUGUCUGUGGUAUGAAAAAUGCAUGUUUUCUGCUUUAAGAAUCAGUAGUUGAAGAUGCCGUAGGAACUAGAUUUUUGGACUGAAUGAUUUUAUACAGUUAAACAUUAAUACUUUUAAAUUACUAACAUUUAACAUUUUUCAUGUUAGACACUAAGGGUUUAAUCUUCAUACUGUUGUAUUGAAUCAAGUACUUUAAAUGGUUUAAAUGUGUUUUAUAAGGUCUGAGCACUAUAUGACGCUGUAUGUAGGGUACAGUGUGUAUGAAAAUGUCUUGUUAGGGUAAAUUUGUGAUUUUGUUUAAUAUCUUUGUUUCAUUUUAUGUACACAUCUGAAUGUUUAAGUAGCUCACACAUAGUCCAACAGCACUUAGUGGAAUACUAAGUGUUGUUGUAGAUUACUUUUCGAGAUGGUUCAUGUUGUUAUGGUACUUUUUGUACAAUACAUUUUCUUUUGAUAGAAACUGUUCUUUUUCAGGGGUUUUUUUCUUUCUUUCUUAGAGUAAUUCACUUUUCAUCAAACACUUUUUCUCUGGGCAUUAAUGUAACAGGAAAAUAUAUUUGCAGUAAUUCUUCUAAAUGAAAUGGAACAACUUCAUUAAAAAGUUGUACUAAACUGA